AGUCCUUCUUGCGGCAGCCAUUUUGGUUUGUCUUGGGCACGUCCCGCUGCGCGGGCUCUGAGCCGACGUGACAGGAUCGAAAAAGUGCGAGAGGAGUGGUUGUGUUUGCUGCGCUGAGGCGGACCCGAGGCCGCGAGGCGUGACCCACGACUGGAGGAGACAGGGACCGCCGGGACCCGCCCCUCCCAGAGUCCGAUGGCGGCGGCCGAGCUGAGGGACCCGGCUCCGAACAGUGUGACCUUUGAAGACGUGGCUGUGAACUUUUCCUGGGAGGAAUGGAAUCUUCUUAACGAGGUUCAGAGAUGCCUGUAUCGUGACGUGAUGCUGGAGAACUUGACACUUAUAACCUCCCUGGGUUGUUGGCAUGGAGGGGAAGAUGAGGCAGCGCCCUCUAAGCAGAACAGUUGUAUACAUGUAUACAAAGACCAGAGAGUUCACGGUGGAGAAACGCCUUAUGAGUAUGGGGAAUGUGGGAAAUUAUUUAAGACCAAGUCCCAUCUCACUGAACACAGAAGAGUUCACACUGGAGAAAGACGUUAUGAGUGUAGUGAAUGUGGGAAAUCCUUUGCUCAGACCUCUAGUCUCAUUAAACACAGGCGUGUUCACACUGGAGAAAGGCCUUAUGAAUGUAGUGAAUGUGGGAAAUUAUUUCGCCAAAAUGCUGCACUCCAUGUUCAUCAGAGAUUUCAUACUGGACAAAAGCCUUAUGAGUGCAGUGAAUGUGGAAAGUCAUUUCAUCGAAGCUAUUCACUCUUGCAACAUCGGAGAAUUCACACUAGAGAAAGGCCUUAUGAGUGUAGUGAAUGUGGGAAAUCUUUCAGCCUAAGGUCCAACCUUAUUCAGCAUCAGCGAGUUCACACUGGAGAAAGACCUUAUGAGUGUGGGCAGUGUGGGAAAUCCUUUAGCAAAAGAUCUAUCCUCAUUACACAUCAGAGAGUGCACACUGGGAAAAGGCCUUAUGAGUGUAGUGAAUGUGGGAAAUCUUUUGCUUAUACUUCUAGUCUUAUUAAACACAGGAGAGUACAUACUGGAGAAAGGCCUUAUGAGUGUUGUGAAUGUGGGAAAUUAUUUCGCCAAAACUCUGCACUCCAUGUUCAUCAGAGAUGUCAUACUGGACACAAGCCUUAUGAGUGCCGUGAAUGUGGAAGAUCAUUUCACCGAAGCUCUUCACUCUUGCAACAUCGGACAGUUCACACUAGAGAAAGGCCUUAUGAGUGUAGUGAAUGUGGGAAAUCCUUUGCUCAAACUUCUAGUCUUGUUAAACACAGGAGAGUUCACACUGGACAAAGGCCUUAUGAAUGCAAUGAAUGUGGCAAGACCUUUGCUGAAAACUCCAGUCUCAUUAAUCACAGUAAAGUUCACACUGGAGCAAAGCCUUAUGAAUGCAGUGAAUGUGGGAAAUUCUUUGCUUAUAUCUCUAGUCUCAUUAAACACAGGAGAGUUCACACUGGAGAAAAACCUUAUGAGUGCAGUGAAUGUGGGAAAUUCUUUGCUGAAAACUCCAGUCUCAUUAAGCACAUGAGAGUUCACACUGGAGAAAGACCUUAUGAAUGCAGUGAGUGUGGAAGAUCAUUUCGUCACAGCUCUUCACUCCUUCGACAUUUGAGAGGUCACACUGGAGAAAAGCCUCAGAAAUGAAGUAAAUUUGGGAAAUUCUUUAGCCAAAACUCUAGCUUUAUUAUACACAGGAGCACUCUCACUGAGGAAGUAGCUUUUGAGUGCAGUGAAUAUGAGAAAGCCUUCAGUCUUAUUGGGUACCAGAAUAUUCAACUGAGAGAAGCAGUGUAGAUGUACAAGGCAUGGUAUUUCUUGUUCAAUAUAACUCUGGGCGAGAUCUCUCAUGAGGGAGUCAUCUAAAUUGAAUGUCAUGCCUUGAAUGUCUGCAUAAAUUCCAGGUAUGUAGGAGCUACAUUGCAUUUUUCACCCUGCCCAGGUCCCUUGCCAGGAUUAUGUGACUGCUAGUUCUCUGGCAAAAACCAUUUCACUUCUACCACUUGGCAGGUUUUGCAGGUGCCUACAGUGUGUCAUUCACCCACCUCAUCAGGUUCCAGACAGAAGUAAACUUCAGUCAUCUUCCAUCUUCCAGUCAUUCACU